AUGGAUGCUGCGGGAAGGGGCUGCCAUUUGCUGCCCCUGCCAGCGGCGCGCGGACCUGCUCGCUCUCCCGCAGCGGCGGCCGCCGCCCGCGCCGUCAGCCGGCCCGGCCUCUGCAGCGCCGCCGCCUCGGCUCCCUCCGCGGCCGCCGGAGCGGUCGCCAUGAACCCCAGCUCCUCGGCGGGAGAGGAGAAGGGGGCGACGGGCGGCAGCAGCGGCGGCGGAAGCGGCGCCGGGAGCUGCUGCCUGGGCGCCGAGGGCGGCGCGGAGCCGCGGGGCGCGGGGGCAGCGGCGGCGGUGGGGGCCGCUGCCCUGGAAGAGCCCGCGGCCGCCGGCCCGAAGGAGAAGGACGAGGCGCUGGAGGAGAAGCUGAGGAACUUAACUUUCCGGAAGCAGGUCUCUUACAGGAAAGCCAUCUCCCGGGCAGGCCUACAGCACCUGGUUCCCGCACAUGCCCUCAGCCUCCCCGUGGCAAACGGCCCGGCGAAGGAGCCCAGAGCGACUCUGGACUGGAGCGAGAAUGCCGUGAACGGAGAGCACCUGUGGCUGGAGACCAACGUCUCAGGAGACCUGUGUUACCUGGGAGAGGAGAACUGCCAAGUCAGAUUUGCAAAAUCGGCCCUGAGGAGGAAGUGUGCGGUCUGUAAGAUCGUCGUCCACACCGCCUGCAUUGAACAGCUAGAAAAGAUUAAUUUCAGAUGUAAACCAACAUUUCGAGAAGGGGGCUCAAGAUCACCGAGAGAAAACUUUGUGCGUCAUCACUGGGUACACCGGCGUCGGCAGGAGGGAAAAUGUAAGCAGUGUGGUAAGGGCUUCCAGCAAAAAUUCUCCUUCCACAGUAAAGAGAUUGUGGCCAUCAGCUGUUCCUGGUGCAAGCAGGCGUUUCACAAUAAGGUGACCUGCUUCAUGCUGCAUCACAUUGAGGAACCCUGCUCCCUGGGGGCUCAUGCUGCUGUCAUUGUCCCACCCACCUGGAUCAUUAAGGUGAAGAAACCUCAGAACUCGCUAAAGGCUUCGAAUCGGAAGAAGAAGAGGACCAGCUUUAAAAGGAAAGCCAGUAAAAGAGGGACAGAACAGGAAAACAAAGGUCGUCCUUUUGUGAUAAAACCUAUCUCUUCUCCUCUCAUGAAACCGUUGCUUGUGUUUGUGAACCCCAAGAGCGGAGGCAACCAGGGAACCAAAGUCCUGCAGAUGUUCAUGUGGUACCUGAAUCCACGGCAGGUGUUUGAUCUUUCUCAGGAGGGGCCCAAAGAUGCGCUUGAGUUGUAUAGGAAAGUACCAAAUCUGCGAAUUCUGGCAUGUGGUGGGGAUGGAACGGUGGGCUGGAUCCUUUCUAUUCUGGAUGAACUACAGCUGAGCCCUCAGCCUCCCGUCGGGGUCCUUCCUCUGGGGACUGGGAACGACCUGGCCCGAACUCUCAACUGGGGAGGGGGCUACACUGAUGAACCUGUAUCUAAGAUCCUUUGCCAAGUAGAAGAUGGGACAAUUGUACAGCUAGAUCGCUGGAACCUCCAUGUGGAAAGAAACCCAGACUUGCCUCCAGAAGAACUUGAAGAUGGCGUCUGCAAGCUUCCUCUGAAUGUUUUCAAUAAUUACUUCAGCCUUGGAUUCGAUGCCCACGUCACACUGGAGUUCCAUGAAUCCAGAGAAGCAAAUCCAGAGAAAUUUAAUAGUCGUUUUCGAAAUAAAAUGUUCUAUGCAGGGGCAGCUUUUUCUGAUUUCCUACAAAGAAGUUCUAGAGAUCUAUCCAAACAUGUUAAAGUUGUUUGUGAUGGAACAGAUCUCACUCCAAAGAUUCAGGAACUGAAGUUCCAGUGUAUAGUAUUUUUAAAUAUACCCAGAUACUGUGCCGGCACAAUGCCCUGGGGGAACCCAGGAGAUCACCAUGACUUUGAACCUCAGCGUCAUGAUGAUGGUUAUAUUGAAGUCAUUGGAUUCACUAUGGCCUCUUUGGCUGCCCUGCAAGUUGGAGGCCAUGGGGAAAGGCUACACCAGUGUCGGGAGGUCAUGCUGCUCACUUACAAGUCCAUCCCCAUGCAAGUGGAUGGGGAGCCCUGUCGGUUGGCCCCAGCUAUGAUUCGCAUCUCCUUGAGGAAUCAAGCCAACAUGGUACAGAAGAGCAAGAGGAGAACAUCCAUGCCUUUACUCAAUGAUAUCCAUCAGGUGCCAGCUGCUGACCUACGGAGAGUGUCUGCCCCCCCUGGCUCCUUCACCACUCCCCAGUCUGUCCCAGACCGCCUGAGGAUCCGGGUGAACAAAAUCAGUUUACAAGACUAUGAAGGAUUCCACUAUGACAAAGAGAAACUUCGGGAAGCUUCUAUCCCUCUGGGUAUUCUAGUUGUGCGUGGAGACUGUGAUUUGGAGACUUGCCGUAUGUACAUAGACCGCCUACAGGAGGACCUGCAGUCAGUUUCUUCUGGCUCCCAGAGAGUUCUUUACCAGAUGUUUCCGUGUCCAAGAUGGCUGCCAUUAGCAACCAGGGCUGCAUGUGUCUUCUUCACAUCCAGGAAAGACCACGAGACCUCCUUCCCCAGGGCACUCUCAGCUCAGAGACUCUCACCACGGUGGUGCUUUCUAGACGCAACUUCUGCUGAUCGCUUCUACCGAAUAGACAGAUCUCAGGAACAUUUGCACUUUGUGAUGGAGAUUUCCCAAGAUGAGAUUUUUAUUCUGGACCCAGAUAUGGUGUUGUCACAGCAGGCGGGGACACCUCCAGGAAUGCCCGACCUGGUCGUGGAGCAGGCCUCGGGAAUGUCUGACUGGUGGAACCCCGCCCUACGGAAGCGCAUGCUGAGCGACAGCGGGCUGGGAACCGGAACUCCGGAGUAUGACGACUCAGAUUUGAGAGAUUUCAGCCACUCCCGUGUGCUACAGUCACCAGUCUCUUCAGAAGAUCACGCAAUUUUGCAGGCAGUAAUAGCUGGUGAUCUUAUGAAGCUAAUGGAAAGCUAUAAAAAUGGAGGCAGUCUGCUAAUUCAGGGCCCGGACCACUGCUCCCUCCUUCACCACGCAGCCAAAACCGGCCACGGGGAGAUCGUGAAAUACAUCCUGGACCACGGACCUUCUGAGUUAUUGGACAUGGCAGACAGCGAAACGGGUGAGACCGCACUGCACAAGGCUGCCUGCCAGCGGAACCGGGCUGUGUGCCAGCUUCUGGUGGACGCGGGAGCAUCUCUGAGAAAGACGGACUCCAAGGGUAAGACACCUCAAGACAGAGCCCAGCAGGCUGGAGACCCAGAUUUGGCUGCUUACCUAGAAAGCCGCCAGAACUAUAAGAUCAUUGGCCAUGAGGACCUGGAAACUGCUGUUUGACGCUGGUAGAUCGCAAAGAGAACCUGAGCAAGUGUAUCACCUGUGCCCUCCCGGCAAUUGGGCAGCUCCCCUGGAAGAAGCUGUUGGAAUCCACAAAGAUGUCUUUCUCUGCAAGAAUCUAUCUGAGACCAUGCCACCAGUUGUUAAGGGCUACCAGACAUACAACAGAACACGAUAGCCCACUGAGGAAGAGGCAGGAUACCUGGAGAUUUGUGGAAUACACAUUCCACAAAAUUUGAUCCUUAUUGCUUCCAGCAAGUAGCAUGAACUGCUGUGUUCACCUGUAUAAUUUAUUUUCGAGAUUCACAGGAUGUUCGUACAAAUGGCACCGCUCCCUCCUCCCCCAUGCAUUCACGAUUCCUCUGUACCACACAAUUCUACUGCAACUACCCACCAUUCAAAAAA